GGCGCAGUCGUGACGUCACUUCCCGUCGCCGGCGCGCACGUGGGAGGAAGUGCCGGUGCCCGCGGCCGCCGCUCCUGCUCGUCUCUCUGGUUACGUUCGUCAGCCGGUCGGGCCGCUUCCUCCAGCUGGGCAGCCGCAAUGGGAGUCCCGGCUUUCUUUCGCUGGCUCAGCCGCAAGUACCCGUCCAUCAUUGUCAACUGCGUGGAAGAGAAGCCAAAAGAAUGCAAUGGUGUAAAGGUUCCUGUUGAUGCCAGUAAACCAAAUCCAAAUGAUGUGGAGUUUGAUAAUCUGUAUUUGGAUAUGAAUGGAAUCAUCCAUCCUUGUACUCAUCCCGAAGACAAACCAGCACCAAAAAAUGAGGAUGAAAUGAUGGUUGCAAUUUUUGAGUACAUUGACAGACUUUUCAAUAUUGUAAGACCAAGACGACUUCUCUACAUGGCAAUAGAUGGAGUGGCACCACGUGCUAAAAUGAACCAGCAGCGUUCCAGAAGGUUCAGAGCAUCAAAAGAAGGAAUGGAAGCUGCAGUGGAGAAGCAGCGAGUCAGGGAAGAAAUACUGGCAAAAGGUGGCUUUCUUCCUCCAGAAGAAAUAAAAGAAAGAUUUGACAGCAACUGUAUUACACCAGGAACUGAGUUCAUGGACAAUCUUGCUAAAUGCCUUCGCUAUUACAUAGCUGAUCGUUUAAAUAAUGACCCUGGGUGGAAAAACUUGACAGUUAUUUUAUCUGAUGCUAGUGCUCCUGGUGAAGGAGAACAUAAAAUCAUGGAUUAUAUUAGAAGACAAAGAGCCCAACCUAACCAUGACCCAAACACUCAUCAUUGCUUAUGUGGAGCAGAUGCUGAUCUCAUUAUGCUCGGCCUUGCUACACAUGAACCCAACUUUACCAUCAUUAGAGAAGAAUUCAAACCAAACAAACCCAAACCAUGUGGACUUUGUAACCAGUUUGGACAUGAGGUCAAGGACUGUGAAGGUUUGCCAAGAGAAAAGAAGGGGAAGCAUGAUGAACUUGCAGAUAGUCUUCCUUGUGCAGAAGGAGAAUUUAUCUUCCUUCGUCUUAAUGUUCUUCGUGAGUAUUUGGAAAGAGAGCUCACCAUGGCCAGCCUGCCGUUUACAUUUGAUGUUGAGAGGAGUAUUGAUGACUGGGUCUUCAUGUGCUUCUUUGUGGGAAAUGACUUCCUUCCUCACCUGCCAUCAUUAGAAAUUAGGGAAGGUGCAAUUGACCGUUUGGUUAACAUAUACAAAAAUGUGGUACACAAAACUGGGGGUUACCUUACAGAAAGUGGUUAUGUCAAUCUGCAAAGAGUACAGAUGAUCAUGUUAGCAGUUGGUGAAGUUGAGGAUAGCAUUUUUAAAAAGAGAAAGGAUGAUGAGGACAGUUUUAGAAGACGACAGAAAGAAAAAAGAAAGAGAAUGAAGAGAGAUCAACCAGCUUUCUCUCCUGGUGGAAUAUUAACGCCUCAUGCCUUGGGUUCAAGAAAUUCACCGGGUUCUCAAGUAGCCAGUAAUCCGAGACAAGCAGCCUAUGAAAUGAGGAUGCAGAAUAACUCUAGUCCUUCAAUAUCUCCUAAUACGAGUUUCACUUCUGAUGGCUCCCCAUCUCCAAUAGGAGGAAUUAAGCGAAAAGCAGAAGACAGUGACAGUGAACCUGAGCCAGAGGAUAACGUCAGGCUAUGGGAAGCUGGUUGGAAGCAGCGGUACUACAAGAACAAAUUUGACGUUGAUGCAGCUGAUGAGAAAUUCCGUCGUAAAGUUGUACAGUCUUAUGUUGAGGGGCUCUGCUGGGUUCUUCGAUAUUAUUACCAGGGCUGUGCUUCCUGGAAGUGGUAUUAUCCAUUCCAUUAUGCACCAUUUGCUUCAGACUUUGAAGGUAUUGCAGACAUGCCAUCUGAUUUUGAGAAGGGCACUAAACCAUUUAAACCAUUGGAACAACUUAUGGGAGUUUUUCCAGCUGCAAGUGGUAACUUUCUACCUCCAUCAUGGCGGAAGCUCAUGAGUGAUCCCGAUUCUAGUAUAAUUGACUUCUACCCUGAAGAUUUUGCUAUUGAUUUGAAUGGGAAGAAAUAUGCAUGGCAAGGUGUUGCUCUGUUGCCUUUUGUGGACGAGCGAAGGCUGCGAGCUGCUCUAGAAGAGGUAUACCCAGACCUCACUCCAGAAGAGACUAAAAGAAACAGUCUUGGUGGUGACGUCUUAUUUGUGGGGAAACAUCACCCACUCCAUGACUUCAUUUUAGAACUCUACCAGACAGGUUCCACAGAGCCAGUGGAUGUACCACCUGAACUAUGUCAUGGGAUUCAAGGAAAGUUUUCUUUGGAUGAAGAAGCUGUUCUUCCAGAUCAAAUAGUAUGUUCUCCUGUCCCCAUGUUACGGGAUCUAACACAGAACACUGCAAUCAGUAUUAAUUUUAAAGACCCACAGUUUGCUGAAGACUACAUUUUUAAAGCUGUAAUGCUUCCAGGAGCAAGAAAACCAGCACCAGUACUGAAACCUAGUGACUGGGAAAAGUCCAGCAAUGGACGGCAGUGGAAGCCCCAGCUUGGCUUUAAUCGGGACCGGCGGCCUGUCCACCUGGAUCAGGCUGCAUUCAGGACUUUGGGCCAUGUUAUGCCAAGAGGCUCAGGGGCUGGCAUUUACGGCAACGCUGCACCACCACCUGCAACUUAUCAGGGGAACUUAUACAGGCCACUGUUGAGAGGACAAGCCCAGAUUCCAAAACUUAUGUCAAAUAUGAGGCCGCAGGAUUCCUGGCGGGGUCCUCCUCCCCUUUUCCAGCAGCAAAGAUUUGACAGAGGCGUUGGGGCUGAACCUCUGCUGCCAUGGAACCGGAUGCUCCAAACCCAAAAUGCAGCUUUCCAGCCAAACCAGUACCAGAUGCUAGCUGGACCUGGCGGGUAUCCACCCAGACGUGAUGAUCGUGGAGGGAGACAGGUGAUACAGUGUGGGCUGUGGGAUGAAAAGCAUGCUGCUCUCUUUGUACUUAGCCAUGCUUCUCAGGACACCAUAUUUUCUUAAAAACAUUUAUGGAUAAGAUACUGAUAGAGUAGGUCAGCUGAACUGGGUCCUCCAUUUUAAAACAUAUAGAGUGAGUAUGUGCCUUACUACAUCUGUUCUACCCUGAAGAUGCUAAAGAUUUUCCAGCCCCAAAGCCCUUUUAAUGAUACACUUGAUCUUAGCCAAAAGGCCGAGAAGCAAUAGCCCUUUUAAUCAUAGCAGUCAGUAAUAUUUAGCAUAAAUAGAGUCAGUUGCCAAAACAUUUUUUUAUCCUUUAAGGAUGUUGUUCUUUGUUUUAGUAGAAACUAGAUUUCAUAAUAGAUGAUAAUUUUCUAGAAGCUGAAAGUAACAGUCUAUCCUUUUAGCUGUUACCUUUAUUCAUCUUAGAGGUCUCCUGUCUUGAUUCAUCUUUGAUAUACCUUUUCAUGGAAAGAAAUCUCUCCAUUUUUUCCCAGAUUUCUUCAGCUAAAUUUAAAAUAGCUGUAUAUUGAGUAUAACAAUUCCUAGACAAAUUUAUUUAGUAUGUGUAAGCUUCAUUUCCUUCUCUAUAAAGCAUCCAGUUUUAGCAAAAUUUAAGACAGAGGUCUGUCUGCCUCAGUCUAUUUGUCCCCCAACCAUUUGAUGCCCUGGCCCGUAUUUACAUGCUCUGCAAUCAAAUCCUUACCAGAGAGCAGGGUCAGAAUGCUAUGAUUUAGUGUGGGCAGUGUUCAUGGAGUUUAGCACCUGCGGUGAUGUGAAGUCGUUUUAAAAUUGCUUACCUGAUUUUGCCUAUAGGCCUUUUGCAGUGCUUUGAAUAUUAAUUUUCUUACACAGGUUCUUGCCAUGCAUCCGUUUGUGUAAGACCUCUCUCUCUUGAAAGCAUAGGAAGAUCUUUUUUUUUAUACUUUUUUGUGUAUCUUUUUACAAGGCUGUUCACUUUACAAGAAAAUAAUCAUCUUAAUUAUCUUUUGAGAGAAUUUUGUUAACAGUUUAUUAAAAUCUGUUCAAAGAAUUUUACUUUGAAUUACUGUCAGCUCCAGAGUUCUAAAAAUCAUAUCAGUAGUUUUCCACUUCAUACGGGAUGAUAGUAGGCAGUCUACAUAAUGAGUAUUUUUGAUAUGGGGACAUACUUAUAAACAAGAAGAAACCCUGGAGAAUUUUUAGUCUGAUCACCUCAUUUUCCAAGUGGGAAAUCACAAUCCUGCGGCACCUGCACUUGGGCAGCAGAGCUGGGGACUGGCUGCCCAGUCCUUCUGAGCCCAGUUCCUCCGGUUUCUCAUCUCCUUCAGAGGAGGUGUUCCUUGGAAGGAACUCUGCUGUUACAGCAGGUAAAAUCAUUAUUCACUUAGAAGAUAUAAACCAAUUGGUAAAUUUAUAAUUCUUUUAGGAUCUUUUAGAAAUACAUUUCUUUUUUUCAGUCUCUUUUCUCACAGAGCUACUUUUUAAAUAAAAUCACAGGUUUUAAAGCACUAUUAAAUUGCAGAAGUUCAUUGUUAAAAACAGUAUAAUUAUGACUUCACUAUAUUUCGUGAAGUUUAUAUGACUAAAAAAGGCCUUGAUGGUCUACACACACUCAUAUUUAAAACUACUGAAUGACAAUACAGAGGCAGGGCCUGGGGUGGGGAGUCUGUUUGAGAAUCCUAGAGGCCUGGAAAGGGAAUUGUGAGGGAAUUUUUUUGUACAGAAAUGUUAUUUGCAAGCUUACUAGGGUAUGUUGUGAAUGUCACCAGUAAUUGAUUAUGUAAUAAUCUAAUGUGUUACUUAAUACUCUACUAUCUAUAGCUAAACAAAAAAAAAUCCCUAAAAUUAAUAGUUCAUUAGGCUUCAGCUGACUUACUUAUUAGCAAGCUCUUGCCUUGGUUAAGCAAAAUGACUUCUAGUAUAAUAUGUUUAAACAUGAUGUGGACAUCUUACCACAAUGUGACUUGAAUUACUGCCAGGGAUGGCAGGGAAGAUUGAGAACCACUAGUCUUUUACACAGAACACUUAACUGUAGUUCAUUUGUGUGCAUUUUAAGGAGUUCUUAAGUGCUUGUUAAGGCUUCUUUGGGUAGUUUUCUGUGGUAGCAUUUGUAGCAAGCAUUACAUAAAACUGGGGGCCUAAGGUACCUAUUUAUGAGAGACCGUCCAUAGGAUAUACUUUUAAGGCAUAUUCAGCUUCUUUAUGGUGUGUUUUUCCAGAGAAAUGUAAAAUUAAUUUCUUUGAAGGGGUGUUAAUCCAGAAAAUA